ACACGCACACACAGUCACCACCGCCCUCAUGACACACGCUUCCUCCUCCGGAUCAGACUCUCAGCUCGUUAAACUCCUCCAGCCUAUAGCGAGCGUUUCCUGAGCGGCGGGAACGCGUUUACACACCGCGCUCUGCGGUCAUAGAGUCAGACAUCAACCAGCCUCUCUCGGGGUUAGAUCUGCUCCACACGGCUCGGUGUUAGUCGGUGUUGUGCUCCAACCGCUCUCUGAUCAGUGAUCUUACCUCCAGAAUGUGACCGCCGCUUUGGGAGUUUUUGCGCCAAGAUGGAGAAAGAGCGACGCGCCGGUGGAGGGACCGCGGCGCGGAGACCCAGGAUGUGUGUGUGAGGGGCGGAGCCGGCAGCCAUGGAGCCCGAGCUGAACUGCAGCUCCUGGGACUCUGCUCUGGGCCCCCUCCCGCCCGGGAUCACCAGGCAGGACGCCCGGGACCUCCUGCACAGACUCUGUACCCUCAGAACGCCCCCCACCCGCCCCCCCCUCUCCCCGGCGCUGUGUGCGGUGGUCUGGACUCUGCUCUCCGCGGGGGUCCUGCUGGCGUUGGGCUUCCUGCUCUUCACCCUGCGCUUCAGGAACAACCGGAUAGUGAAGAUGUCCAGUCCCAACCUGAACAUCCUCACUCUGAUCGGGAGUGUCCUCACCUACUUCAGCGGCCUCCUCUUCUCGGUGGAAGGUCUUUGGCCCCGCGGAGCCUCCACCUCCGUUAUCCAGGCUCGGACCUGGGCCCUCUGUGUGGGCAGCACCCUGGUGUUCUGCCCCCUCCUCGGGAAGACCUGGCGGCUGUACCGAGUGUUCACCCAGCGCCUCCCCGACAAGAGAGUGAUCAUCAGGGACCUCCAGCUGAUGGGCUUGGUGGGGCUGUUGGCUCUGCCCGACGUGCUGCUGCUGACCUGCUGGGGCCUGGCCGACCCCCCGCGCUGCUCCCGCUCCCUCACCGCCGUCCUCCAGGUGCUGGGGGAUGGCGUGGCGUUCUCGCUGACCCACCAGGCCUCCUGCUCCUCCCUGUACCCGGAGCUCUGGCUCGUCCUCAUCGUAGUGAUGAAGGGGGGUCUCCUCCUCUACGGGACCUACCUGGCCGGCCUCACCAGCAACGUGAGCCACCCCCCCGUCAACCAGUCGCCCACCAUCAUCACGGCCGUCGCCCUGGCAACGCUGUCGGCGGCGGCGGUGCUCCUGGUCUCCGUCCUGCUGCCGGCCUGGCCCAACCUGGUGUACGGCGCCGUGGCCGCGGCCAUCUUCACCUGCACCACGGCCACCAACUGCCUGCUCUUCAUCCCCCAGAUCACACAGUCCCGGCGGUUCGAGGAGGAGAGCAGCUCCCCUGCUCAGAUGGCCAAGUUCUUCAGCAGCCCCAGUAAGAGCCAGGGGUCGUGCUACAGCCAGGACGAGGUCCACUACCUACUGGGGGAGAACUGCUCCAUGAAGAGGCUGCUGAACGAGAAGAACGCUGUGAUCGACGGCCUCCAGGAGCAGGUGACCAACGCCAAAGACAAGCUGCUGCGUCUGGUGAGCUCCAGCCAGCCCCGCCCCCCUGGCCCCGCCCUGGACUCCGCCUCCACCCAGAGCACGGGGGCGGGGCCCUCCGACGGCCCCGGGACCCCUCCCCCUGGCAGGGGCCCCCCGCCCUCCUCUCCUCCCGUCCCAGCCCCCACCGGGGUCCCCCUCCCCCCCGGGCCCCCGUUCGGCCUCGGGCCCCCCCCUCUCCCCGUGGAGCAGGCGAGGGGGGGGCCACAGGGGGCGGGCCCUCAGGCCGGCUCCGUGGAGCCCGGGGCCAGAGACCCCAGGGUAGGCGGGCGGGGCCCCGUGGCCCCCGAGCCGCCCCGGCCCGCUGGGGGGUCGGUGACGUCGACGGGGGGAGAGCGGUCUGUGCCCCCCUCGGACCGGGCGUGGCCCCCCCUCGGCCUGGGGGGCUUCGUCAGCAGCCUGCAGCUGCAGGAGGUCCUGCAGGAGCUGAGCGCGGCGGCCGCCCUGUCGGGGGGCCCCCCCGGGGGCCCCCUGCCGCACGUCUUCACCGACGCCUCCCUCCUCACGCCCCUCCCCCUGCCGGCGCCCUGGACCCCGCCCCCCCCGGGGCUGUUCGGCAGCGUCUCCCCCCACGCCAUGAGGCGGCGCCGGCCCCCCUUCCGCCCCGGGCGGGGGGGGCCCCCUCCCUUCUUCCUCCCGGGCCUCAGCCCCGCCCCCGGCCCGGGGAGAAGGAGGGGCGCCCCCGCCGGACCCCGAGACCGGAGGAAACUGAGCCCCACGUCGCCCCCACGCCACGCCCUGCCAGGGGCCCCCCCCUCCGGCCUGGGCAGCAGGGGGGAGGGGGGGGGGGGAGGGGGAGGAGGGGGAGGAGGAGGAGGGGCAGAGGAAAGCGGGAGAGAGAGGCUGGGUGGGCAGAAGGGGGCCGGCGUGUGGCCCCGGAGGGGGGUCUGCAGGGACCGCUACGGGUCCUGGGACUCGGACUCCAGCAGCUCCGCGGACUACGGGCCGUACCAUCGGCCGUACUGCGACGCCUGCCUGCAGCGCGGCUCGCUGCUCAGCUCCUCCUCCUCCUCCGACGAAGACGAGGACGAGGACGAGGAGGACGAUGGGGAGUACGGGGGCUACAGCGGCCUCUACCGCGGCCCCCGCCCCGUCAUCUUCAAGGAGGACCUCACACCCACCUUUGUGUGAAGCCAGCCGUGCACAGGCGAGCACAAACAUGAUCACAAACACACACGCACACAAACAUGAUCACACACACACACCCGCACACAAACAUGAUCACACACACACACGCAUGCACACACAGACAUGCGCACACACAGAGGCGCACACACACACACACACACACACACACACACACACACACACACACACACACACACACACACCCCCCCACCCUGCCCCCCUCCUCCAGGCCUGCAGGGUACUCCCCAGCGUUCCGUUGGGAACGAACCUCAACCCGACCGGACUCGAAGCAGCAUCGAUGCAUCAGCGUUAGGGUCAGGGUGUGUGCCUCCAGACCCUCUCUGGUCCAGAACAGGGGUCCGGUCUGACCCCCCCCGGACCCUGGGGGCUACGGAUCGGUCCCCAGGCUGGGUCAGCCCUGGGGAGCUGCUGGUCCCAAUGGGAACGCUCAGAGGAGCCACGCUUUGUAACGCUCACAGUUAUCCCAGGGGAUGUGAGAAUAACACAUACAUUCUGCAUAUUGACAGUUUUUAAAAUAGCGUUCAGUAGUCUACAAACCGUUUUCUAAUCGUAGUAGUAUCAUGUGUCCACAAGCCCUCACUGCGUUGGGAGGAGGGACAGGGUGAGUGAGUGUUGACAGGCCUCACACCAGCGACACCACCUGAGGGAUUAAUUAAACCAGUUAACGAUGCUCUGAGCCGGUCCUGACGGUCUCCGACUGAAGAAGGUGCCUCUAAACGUGUUUUUUUUUAUUGUGAAUGAAUGUUCUCUGAUGACCUCUGACCUCCACUCGCGCUCCAAAUCAACCGGGAGAGAUGACACGGAGUCCAGGGACACUGGUCCCAGAGAACGGACUGGUCUCCCAUGACGACCGUCUCCAGGGACACUGGUCCCAGAGAACGGACUGGUCUCCCAUGACGACCGUCGCCAGAGGGGCUGCACAUGUAUUUAUUUAUUUAUUUAUAGACGUUUUAAGUGUCUGUUUUUUUCAUACGAAUCGAAAUGACCAAGCUUAUAAUAAAAACAUGAAAAAUAAAUGGAAUGUUUGAUGGUUGCAGGGAGAGCAAGAGAGAGAGAGAAAGGGUGAAAUUACCUUUUUGUUUUAUUUGUGAAUAAAUAUUACAGUAUAAUGUUACAUCAUUUUCCCAGUAUGACGUACAAAGGCCAUCGACCAAUCACAGAACGACCGUACAAGUUGGACGAGGAGCGCUCAGCCCCUUCCUCAUCAGGCUAGCGGGAUGAAUCUAUGAAUCAAUAUGCACAUUAA